AAAAUCAACUACUACAAACAUUCCGUAUCGCCACCCUCUUUUUUCUAACAAAAAAAAAGGAAGACAAAAACCACAAAGUAUUAAGAAAAAUAGUUUGACUCAUACAGUUUGUUUGUUGUUGGUAACAAACUAGUGGAAAAAAUACAUACAAUAAAAAUCAAAAUCUUAGUAAAAUCUUAAAACUACAUAUUUUUUAUUUAAUUUAAAUAUAAAACAAAGCAAGCAAAAUAUAGUUUCCUAAUUACAACUACCUCCAGUUUAUGACAAAUUUAAUUAAGCAUAAAAGAAAAACCCAAAGAAAAUCAUAGAAAAAGAAACCAACAAAUAAUUAUGACAAAUUGUGAUUUAUAUGAUAUUUGGUCCAAGGCCUGUAAUCAUUAUGACAUACCCGAAGACACAAUACGUUCCUGGUAUGAACGUAUACGCAGUAAACUCGAUGAGGAUGUCACCAAACGAGUCUAUCACAAUUGGUCUUGUAUGUUGGCACCCAAACGUAUAGAAUUGGAAAAGGCCAAACCACAUAUUGUAUUGGCUGCCUUUUUUCAAUACUAUGAAUUUGAUUUAGAAAGAAGUUGUGUACAAGAUAAUUGUAAAAUAUUUACGGAAUUUUGUCAAGACGGCCUUAUUGAAGAUGAGAAUAUGAAACAGUUGGUGUGCCGUUUAUUGGGUGAAAAGAGUACAGAAGCAAUUAAUGGUGACAUUGACUAUGACACGGCAUUUUUACAGGAUUUGGAUUUAUUAAUAUUGGCCUCAACACCAGAUGUUUAUAAAAAUUAUGCACAAUUGUCGCGUCAAGAGUGGUCAACAUCGGGUAAAACCAAUUUCGAUAUGUUACGGCGUAAAACUUUAACCACAUUGUUGGCCUUGGAUAUUUAUCAAACUCCUGAAUUUAGUAAUAAAUAUGCCAAAACAGCACGUGCCAAUAUUGAACAAGAACUUAAAGAACUAGAAAAUUGUUAAAUGAAUGUAAAUCUUUAGGACCAUCAAAUAUAUUUCUGUUGAUUUGUUCAAAUUUUCAAUAAGAAUCUAAAAAUUACUUUUGAUAUUAAGAACGGAUGUUUUAUAAAAGUUUUAAAAUGUUGAAUGAUUUUUAGCAAAUCAAUUAACUCAAUUUGAUGAUAUUUAAAUAUUAAUCUAAUGUUCUAGAUUAAUUCUUAUUUACAGUAAAUGUUUUUCUUUUCGUUUUGCUUAACGCUGACAUUUAACAAAAUAUAUAUGAAGUAUACAAUCAAAAGUAUUAAAAUAAUAGAGCAAAAUAAAGAUUAUACAAUCCCAAUAGAAUUAAUUGAUUUCAUUUAGAGAUACAAUUUUUGAGUAUUUUUUUUUUUAGAUAAUAAUCAGUUAACA